UAGUCUUUAUGUACCUGUGGUCUACUAAUUUUUUUUUUAAAUUAGAUAAUUUGGGAAUUUAAAGAAUGCUUGUAUGCUCGUUAGAUUUUAUGGACUAAUACUAACAUAAUUAAGAAAUGGCAUUGUGCAAAACAUCUUUGAAAACCGUGUUAAUAGAUUUAAGUGGAACACUGCACAUUGAAAAUACUAUUACUGCGGGUGCAAUUGAAGCCCUUAAUAAGUUGCGAGACACAAACGUUCGCGUGAAGUUUGUCACGAACACGACGAAGGAGUCCCGCCGGUGCCUUCACGAGCGGUUGACGGACCUGGGGUUCGCCAUCCGGCCUGACGAGAUCUGGAGCUCGCUGUGGGUGGCGCGCGAUGUCGUCGCUUCCCGAGGUCUCCGGCCGCUCCUGCUGGUGGACGACGCGGCCGUGGAAGACUUUGCGGGGGCCAGGAGCGAGGGCGAACACGACUCCGUGGUGGUGGGCCUCGCACCAGACAAGUUCAACUAUGCCCAGCUCAACAAGGCCUUCAGGGUCCUCCUGUCGGGGGCGCCGCUGAUCGCCAUUCACGAGGGCCGCUACUACAAGCGGCUGGACGGGCUCGCCCUGGGGCCGGGGCCCUUCGUCAGGGCGCUGGAGUACGCGACCGGAUGCAAGGCGGAGGUCGUGGGGAAGCCCUCAGCCGCCUUCUUCGAGUCUGCGCUGGGCGGCUUCCGGCCUGAGGAAGCAGUCAUGAUCGGAGAUGACGUGAAAGAUGACGUCGACGGCGCCCAGAGAGUUGGGAUUAGAGGGAUCCUGGUAAAGACCGGCAAGUACCGGGAAGGAGACGAGGCCAAGAUAUCUCCUGCGCCGAGCCAGGUGUGUGCUGACUUUGCGCAAGCCGUCGCUGUCCUACUGGAGGAGCUUCAGUAGCGGACACAGAGGGCUUGGAGUUGUCCCGUCGACCUUCAUUUUUGUUUCUUUCGCUCUGCUCCUUGGAAAUCUCAUUUAUGCCCCAGCCACUGUGAUCGAGCCGUCGGAUCGCCUGCCUCCUCCAGCGGAGCAGGUGCCAAUUAACAUUUGUCUUCAGUGGGGGAAACAUGGCAAACUUUGCAGUAUGCACAUAACCCUUUUUUUUCUGUGUUAAUGAUUCCUCUCUCUCCCCACUCCUCUUCCCCCACUUAUUCAAUUGUUCAUCAUUCUUAUCUUGUCACCCCUCGCCUUGGCAAGACUAUGAGCACUAAUUAAAGAUGGGCCUAUCAGUUCCUCAAAUACCAUCAAAUCUUUUAGUAUUCAAUAGAUUUUAUAUUUGAGGAAAAAGAUUCUAAGACAAAUAUGUGAAGAAGGAAAAUUUUUAAAUCCAAACACUACCACAUGAUUAUUACCUUUUUAGCAUAAAUAAAAUUAGUCAUUUUUUUAAGGAGCCCUUGAAAGGAUUUUUAAUGAUGUUCUGUUGUACGCAAAUAUUAGGGAAGGGUUCAUCUAAUCCUCAAAUAAUAUCAAAUAUCUAGUAUUUGAAAGAAUAUUUCAAAGAAAAGGUUUCAGACAACAAUACUGGAGGACAUGAUAUAAAUUCAAAAAUUUACCGAAUUUACCCCCCAUAUGGGUUGCAUAUUUUAUGCCGAUUUUUAGUUUUAAAAAGUAUUGUGGGAUUCUUAUUUGAAUUUAUAAUUUUUUUGUAAAAAAAUUCUAUUGCGGUUUAUCUUGAGUAGGUGUGUAAAUAACUCUACUGUUUUGGUUUAUAAUAAGUCUGUUACGAGUAAGUAUAAAUUGUGUAGUUAAAAUAUCUGAGCAGUGCGUGAAAAGCAUUAUGAAUGGCACUUUUGUGCUACGUCUGCCCAGGCUGCCGCGCCAGUCGCACCACCAUAGCUGGCGCUGGCGAGUGACAUGACUUGCUGGGCUGGCAUUCAGCUGGAGGAAGGGAAAUCAAAAAUUAACUAUCGAGUUUUUUUGUGUGAGUGCGUUCUGUGAGUGCAUGUGGCCAUGUAGCGGUGUUGACUGUAGACGGUUCUUCCUCUCUCACACUUAUAAAUGUCCGUGAACUGGUACAAACUCCACAUGUCUGUUUCGACAGGUUUUUAAGAUGAACUGUGACCCAACAUACUGUAAUUGUUUUUUGUUUUUUUGUGCGAUUCCUCAGCUUUCAAAUGCUAAUAUCCAUAACAAAACUACAGCCAAUUUUGGUGCUUUGAAAGUCACACUUAAAAGGCCAGGCUUCUUACAUUCUUCAGCUCCCGCAGGAAUUUCUCGCUAACUGUAAUGUGCAUACUAGUAUUUUUUAUAAAAGAAACUGACAAGAAAGUGUACCUUGCUGCCUUUUUUUUAUUCCACUCUGGAAGAGGACUGGUUUAAAAAAAUACAAUAGCUGGGAAGGAAUACACACUGUCUUUUGUUAUUAGGAGGGGUCAUAAAUAAGUAGGGGAGAGGGGGAGAAAUGUGGGCUAGCCUCCCUCCCUUCCACACAGAAAUAAAGCAGCACAGAAAGCAGACAAAAAGAGAGUCCAGGGUUAACACCAGUGCCGUAUUUUUUACGCACCAUAAGCUGAGACACGGAACAAAGACUUCACUAGUACUCUACUGUAGACAAAUAUAUGAUGCGAUUCAUAUUCGAGGUUGACCCUUAAGGCGAAAAAGUUGUAAUUUUAAUGACCCAAAUUAUAGCUGUCACUAUUUUUAAUAUGUACAUUAUAGGAAAUAAAAUUACAAUAUGUAUUGAUUUGAGAUUAUUGUUUUGUGACAUUUAUUGGUUGAAUGUUUUAACAUUAAAGUUAAUAUAUUUUUAUUCGUUAUACUUUUUCUUAUAUUUUUUUUUUGCCCUUGAGACAUAGAUUUGGAUUCAAGAGGUAAAAUCGAGGUACUGUUUGUGUUUUGAGUUUGAGAAUCAGAUUGAGAAAAUUGUGAUUCGACCCAUCACUACCACUGAUCCUUUCAUUCACUCAUUUCCUAGACUUUUUUCCUUGACUGCCUUAAUGCAAAGGUGCAAAAUGGACAGUCCAAUCUCUUAUGACACAGAGGUGGUGGUUACUACGGAAAUAACACACUGUCGGUCGUGAACAGUGACAUUGGAGUCAAGCGACUGCUGGUCUUGUCAAGUAUAUUUGCAAGUUUUUCAGCGUAGAACGCAGUCCACUCUUGAUGUCAUUGAAUGGAAUUUGCCAAAAAAUAAAGAACUUAAUUCUGAUGCUUAUGUUCCUCAGACACGUUUCAGCAUUCUCCACUUAAUAGGUUUGUGCGGAGACCAGAUAGUUCAAAUCAGGUUUUGAAUAAACACUUUCAUGAAAGCAUCGGAUAUUUUACAUCAUCACUAUAAAAAACUGCUUCCAGUCUGGUGCCAGGUCAGCAAAGUAAAAUGCCUCCAUCUUUCUCUGUCCUGCCAACAUUCCUCAUCCUUCACUGUAUUCCAAUCUUCUCCUCUCUCCUGCAUGCCUUUAACUAUCUACUGUUAUCAUCUCCUCCUUGGUUUUCCUUGGGGCCUUCUUCCUGUGUUCUUCAACUCCAUCAUUUUCCUAGGUAGCUCUCUUCCCAAUUACUCAACAUUGGCCAUUCCAUCUAAUUUUUGCUUUUUCCAUGAUCUCAUUUGUCAUGUACUCGUGCUCUCGCUUGCACCAUCUCAUUCCUGAUUCUGUCUUGCCUAGUAACUGCCAACAUAUUUUUCGUAAACGUCAUUCCUAUUGCUCUGAUCUUCCCAGCAUCUCUCUUGUCUAUAGUCCAAGUCUGCCCCGUAAGUGACUAUGGGCACAAAGUAGGUAUUUUACAACACUUGUUCACAUUUUAAUGGCACCUCCCUCUUCCAUGCCAAGCCUCUCACACAUCAGUAGAAUGCAUCUUCUUGUCCUCUCCUUACAGUUUCUUCCUGCUUUUGGCCUCCUUCAUCCAAUACACUUCCUAGAUACUUGAAGGCUCCUACCUGUUUUGACUCAACACCAUUCAAUUCAAAUAUUUUACAUAAUGGUUAUAAAUAUUGAUGUAAGUUUUAGCUUCAACUUUUAGGAGUUCUUUUUUUGUUGUUGUUGUAAACUGCUUGUUGUUUGCUUGUUAUAAACCUAUCAAAAAAAAUACCUUCAUAUUACUAGUUGUCUCAUCAUCUGAACUUAAAUCAUUCUGCAGUUUAUUGUGCAUAUGUUGAAAUAAAGUAUGGCUAAUAAAACAGGUUUAAAAAUGUAUUAGGUAAAUUGUGUAAGAAACACAUUUAUAUUGCACAACAAUGACUCUUAACCUCAGAAGCAUUUUGUAUUAUUCUUUGUGGAAUCAAUUGAAAGGUUCUUUGUAAUAUCAAUGUAGCCAGAGUUAAUUCAAUAAUUUAAAAUGAUUUCAUAAAUUAAAAAUCUUUUGGCUAUUCUGGUUUGUUUCAAUCCACAUGUUUAACUAUUUUUAUGACUUAAAAAUGUAUGGUUAUUUAUGUAUCUUUUAGUCUUCAAAUAUCAGCUGACACUAUAUUGCAGCCAUUUGUCUGGUGUGCUAAACAAAGUUUAAGAAGUUUGUGGUGAUAUUGGUUUAAACCUCUUAGCAACCUCUUUGCAUGAACAUUGUUUAACCUUCAAUAUUACCUCUUAUUCAAAUCUAUGUAUUAAUUCAUGUAAAUAUCUAAGUCAUGUUUUGUGCUUAAUAAAGCCUUAGUUUCUGAAGAUAAGGUUUAUUAUGUCAAUUUAUUAAGCACAUUCUAUCAAGAAACAUUUAAUACAAACAAUGGACAAGUAUUUCAAGCCCAAGAGAUUUGAAGCAGAUCACACAACUGGGAAAAGCUCCUCACAAUGGAAUCACUGGAAGAAAACAUUCGAAGUCUUCACAGCAUCAAUCAAGGCUUCUGAAGCUGAUAAGCUGUUACUACUCUACAAUCACGUGAGUCACAGUAUAUACGAACUUAUUAGCGAAUGUACUUCUUAUGCGUCUGCAAUCGAAAAGCAAGAUUCACUCUGUAUUAAACCUAAGAAUGAAAUAUUUUCAAGGCAUAAACUAAUGAGCCGACACCAGCAACCUGUGUAAAUCAAUUCUUACAAUCUUUGCGUCUCCUUAGCUCUGACUGCGAGUUCAAAGAUGUUAAAGCAGCGGCUUAUAGGGACGAAUACAUUAGAGAUGCAUUUAUAAAAGGUCUCUCAUCGAACAGUAUCCGACAACGUUUGUUAGAAAACGCAACUCUUAGCCUGGAUGAAGCAUUUGCAAAAGCACGAUCAUUAGAAUCAGCUCAUAUAAUUUCUGAAUCUAUAUUCCUAGCCAGACACCUUUAGCCUCAACUGAGCCGGUUCAGCAACCAAAUUCUCCUGUAACCGCAGCCAGCAGUAGUCAGAAAUGUUUCUUCUGUGGGUUCCCUCGUCAUCCUCGUUCUUCCUGUCCAGCGCGAGAAGCUACGUGCAAACUCUGUGGUAAGAAAGGCCAUUAUGCAAAAGUCUGUAGGUCAAUUAAGCCCAAAGAUCGUACUGCUGCCUUACCUGACUCUCCUCAAGACACAGAUGACUUCUCAACUAUUGCUUGCCUUCCUGCUAAGUCUCUGGUUUUCCCUACUAACCAAUCUAAUCGUAAUCGUAAGACCAAACCAACAUCUUCCAAAACAUCAGCUGCUUCUCCAACUAGCCUUUCCAAAACCAUUGUCAAACUGAAAGUAAAUGGUUUUCCAGCUGAAGGGCUAAUAGACACGGGGAGUUCGGAGAGUUACAUAAAUGAUGGUUUUGUCUCCAAACAUAAAUUAAAACAAUAUCCUACGUCAUCUGAAGUAGCUAUGGCAUUGUCCUCUUUGGCCAUGCCUAUAAAAGCUUAUUGUUCCGUAGAUUUACAAAUCUCGGACAAUAUAUACAGAAAAACAAAGCUUAACGUUCUAAACAACUGUUGCGCAGAUGUUAUAUUAGGGCACGAUAUCUUUAAGCAGCAUUCCACUCUGUCGAUAGUUUUUGGUGGUAAUAAACCUGAACUGCAAAUCAGUAGCUUAGCAUGUGCCAAAGUCGGUCCAGCCACCCUCUUCGAACACUUAACACCAAAUUGUAGACCUAUCGCGAUCAAAUCCAGACGACACUCAAACGAAGAAGAAAAAUACAUUCAAUCCCACAUAGAAAAACUUCUCUCUGACGGUGUCAUUGAAGAAAGCAACUCACCCUGGAGGGCGCAGGUACUAGUCGUGAGUGGAACACAUCGAAAACGUAUGGUCGUCGACUAUUCUCAGACUAUAAACUGAUACACGAUGUUAGACGCUUACCCAAUCCCUUCCAUAGAGAAAAUAGUUUCCGAUGUAGCUAAAUAUAAUAUCCACAGCACAAUAGAUCUCAAGAGCGCAUAUUAUCAAAUACCAAUAAGGAUUGAAGAUAGGCCGUACACCGCCUUCGAGGCAGCAGGAAAACUCUGGCAAUUCAAACGUAUACCAAUGGGCGUCACCAAUGGAGUGUCUGCGUUCCAGAGGAAGAUGGACGAGGUCAAGACCAAAGAAAGACUACAAGGAGUUGACAUCUACUUGGACGAUGUGAAGGUGAGCGGAAAAGACCAAUCUGAACACGACUCCAAUCUACGAAAAUUUUUAGACGUCUGCAAGAAAUAUAAUUUAACCAUUAAUCAAGAAAAAUCCCAUUUCAAUUUGAAGUCUCUUAAGCUCCUCGGUUAUCUCAUCGAAAACAAUAUACUCAAACCAGAUCCCGACAGACUUAAGCCACUGAUUGAUUUCCCUAUCCCUAGAAACAAAGCAUCCUUGCAACGAGCACUAGGGAUGUUCGCUUAUUAUUCUAAAUGGAUUCCAAAAUUUUCAGAUAAAAUACGUAGAUUAGUGAACUGUCAAGUAUUUCCCUAUGGCCCCUGAACUAAUCCAAGACUUCAACAAUUUACGGAACUGCAUAGUUAAAUCCUUCGUCGUUAACGUAGAGGAAGACAUCCCAUUCUGCGUCGAAACAGAUGCCUCUGACGUCGCCAUCGCCGCCACUCUGACUCAAAACAAGAGACCAGUAGCCUUCUUCUCGAGAACCCUCACUAAGAGCGAACAACACCAUUCAGCUGUCGAGAAGGAAGCUUAUGCGAUCAUUGAAGCCCUUCGGAAGUGGAGGCAUUACUUGAUAGGAAGAAAGUUUCAACUUAUAACCGACCAGAAGUCUAUUUCUUACAUGUUUAACAUUCGGCAUCCUGGUAAAAUCAAGAACGAAAAAUUUACAAGAUGGCGGUUAGAACUUGCUCCUUACAACUAUGACAUCAUCUACAGACCGAGGAAGGAGAACGUGGUGGCUGACGCUCUCUCUAGGACUUGCAGCUCGCUCCAUACCUUCGACAGACUUGUCCACUACCACAAGGCUUUGUGUCACCCAGGGAUCACCCGGAUGGCUCACUGGGUGAAGAAUCAGAACCUCAGGCAUCUUGCUCCUGCAGGGGAUAUUGUCAACAAUGAACCUAAGUUAGAAGACGUGAAUUUUCCAAACCUCGCCGAUGAUCCUAAUCAACACACUGAAGCAUCUGAAGACAACCAGCUGAACCUCACUCCAGAAGAUUCACCUGAGAAGAACAUGAAUGAUCAAGACCUACCUCAAGUGAACCCAAUUCCGACUCCACCCAGAUCUCCUCCCAGACCUCAACCUCCACUCCGGAGAUCUUCCCGCACCACUAGACCUUCUGAAUAUCUCAAGGACUAUGUCCUUAAAUGAAGAGGGGGCGAAUGUGGUGAUAGCAGUCAAACCUCUAUCUAUCGUUUUUCAGGGGACCAACAAAAAAAUUCAGUAAUUGCGGACAUUCAAUGGAUGUGGACUUCACUCUAAGAAUUUUUAAAAAAUAAUAUUUCAACCCAAAAUUAGUGUCAGAAAUAUAUCAGUUACUUGUCAUUAAAGUUAAAUCAGUUGAAAAAUAAAUAAAAAUGGAAGUAUUUUACUUAAUUCAAUUUACACUUGCAAAAAAAAAACAUACGCACAAUAAAUCUACAUGGAAAUUAAAGACUUUUUCAAUAUCCUGAAGUCUGAAAUAUGUUUACUCAUGUCAUCAGAUGUAGAGCUGUACUGAAGAAGCCGAUUUUACCAAUAUUUAGUUGAAUCGGCAUUUCUGUCGACUUCCGAUACGUUUGUUAAUUUUCGGCCGAAAUUACUGAAAAACGAGAGAUACUGCCAUAACCUAAAAAUCCACGAGUACCCUUUUCACUUUUCGUAGUAGUACUGCAUUCUUUCGGAUCGCAUUAUUUCUUCGCAACAUGUGCCAAACGUACAUAUAAAAAUUUAACAUCCUUUUUUUUCUCAAUAAUGUUCUUUAAUUUUAAUAUGUCAUAAAUACCGUCACGGUAAAUAUACAUCUCGGUUGUUACGGUAACUGUAGUGCAAAUGUGGUAGCUAUCGUGCUUCUGUAGUAAUUAUGGUAUCGACAAAGAAUCUUUAGUUCUUUUUAUGGUAAUUAUCUUAGGAUAACAAUUGGGUUUGUACUGUAGUUAUGGUACAUCAUCCAUAUUUCUUCGUAAGUUGUUGUUCAUUUGUCUUUUCAUAUUUACGUGCUCCAUUACUUGGCUGCAGAUUUAAGGUGAUUUUUACUACUGUAUACUAUCCUUACUGUUUUUAUGACGGUUUCUUUCUAAGAAAUGGUUAUUUCAGCAAAAUCUUUAUGGUUAAACGAUCAUCUAUUAUAAUUUAUAGUGACGGGACCACAUAUUUUGUACGAUCAAUGCGGACAAAACGGUAAUUCGAACAUCGGUACAAGCGGACUUUUUUAACCUUAGUUGUAUGGCAAUUUUGCCGGGACCGUAGAAAGUAUACGAUAAACACGGACCAUCGAUACAUGCGAGUUCGAUAGAUAGAGGUUUGACUGUAUUUGUUUUAACCUCUUAGCAACCUCUUUGCAUGAACAUUGUUUAACCUUCAAUAUUACCUCUUAUUCAAAUCUAUGUAUUAAUUCAUGUAAAUUUCUAAGUCAUGUUUUGUGCUUAAUAAAGCCUUAGUUUCUGAAGAUAAGGUUUAUUAUGUCAAAGUUAAACGAUCAAAAUUUGGCUUUUAAAGUUAAUAAAUAUUUAUGUAUCUUAAAAUCGAAUAAAUGUUUGGUGAAAUGCUAUUUGUUAUUAAACAAAGCUUUAGUUAAGCUAAGCUUAGAAUUUAAAUGGUCAUGGUGAAAUUGGCCUUAAGACUAGCUGGUAAAAUGGUAGAAUAAAAAUCAUGAAUACAAUAAAUUAUUAUAAUCAGAAAAGUACUUAAAAUUGUAAUAAUGAAAUAUUUCUUACCAUGUAAUAAGUUAAGAAUGGUAAGGAUCUGAAUAUGUAGUAAUAUACUACUCGCAAUGUUGAUAUUUAGUAAGGUAAGCGGAUACUCAGUAAAUGUCGAAAGUAGCAAAUCCUGGGAAAUACGGUUAAUAAUAAGUUAAAGGUUUACAUGAAAACAAAAUAAGCACUGAAACUACUAGUAUGUAUACAACUCCCAUCAUCACUAAAAUAAAUUUAAUCAGUUUGCAAGAGUAUAGAAUUAGCAAAGACAUCUUAAUGUUAUGUCUGGCGAGUGGAUACCUGACUACCUAAUUUAAUCACUAAUCUCGCAUUAUUCAUAAAUAACAGCUAUAGAUAUCUAAAAUUAAAUUUUUUUUUUAUUUUUGAUAUUUUGAAUUUAUCUCCAACUAUGACAAAUUUAUUGUACCCCAUGUUCUUAAAUAUAAACACAAAUGGCAUAAGUUGCAUCUGAAAAUAGUCUAAUGGGAACUUUAGCUAAGAGAUACACUAAAAGUUCAUUGUAUUGGACGUGGCCAUCCUUGUGUUACUUCCAAACACUCACGAAGGAUGCCAAUACAUCCCUACAUGCAUACGCUAAGUCAAUAUUUCUAGGGAUGCGACACUUGCAUCCACUUAUGUAUUCCUACAUCCAGUAGCUUCAGAAUCUUGUUUUAUUUUGUUUAUAUUGUUAUGCUGGCCAUAGACUGCCAUGGAGUUCGGGAGGGCAAGGACCCUUACCACCCUCCAGCGAGGGAGGUGUGUGUGUCGCCUGGCCAUUAGCGGCCUGUCAAUCACAGCCUUCCCCCUCUGUCAGUUAUGUAACCCAGCCAGUCUGGAGGGAUGAAACACAACCUAGACCGAGAAGUCUGGAGAAUUCUGGGGUUUUCACCUCGGGGGAUGGGCGAGCUGUGCACCAUCGGGUCAGGAACACUUGUGACGUCAAGCACGGCGUCUGGGUGCUCCUUUCCAUGCCUGACCAGGGACGCUUACACGUGGCUUCUGGGCACAUACACAGCUGGCCUCCAUGGGUAUAAAAAGGCCCCGCCUCUGAGCAGAGGGUAAUGAGUAGUAGUGUGAAGUGUGUCUACCUACCGGCGAGUGACACCGGUAUACCCGUGUGGCGGCAUCGGUGUGACUGUUCGACGGCUGAAGGCCUGGCUACCGAGAAAGAGUCUCUUUGGUAGCGAUAUCAGCAAGAGUGACCCGCGCGAGAGAGUCUUGAGAGCCUCUUUGGUAGGAGUCGGGGCGACAGUAACAAUAGUCCGGGACAGUGCUGUGGCGUGGCGUGGAUGACUGAUGUUGUAGUUGUCGAGGACUGCGGUGAGCGGACAGAGACUGGCAGGGAAGUGAGCCACUGUUGAGUCAGGCUCCAGUGUACGUGCUAAUGUGCGAUUGAUGGAUGAGAGAUUUAUUUUACAGACAUGUUGGGCUGAGAGAGUCUUCCUGAUUAAAUUUAAGGUGUAGUUAUUAGUAAUUAAUUAAUAAAACUGUAUAAAAAUUAA